AUGGCCAGAAACGAGGAGAAACAGCAGGGGAGGCUGAACAGACUGUGGCUCCAGAAGGAGAGAGAGGAGGGACGGCUAAAAGACGUGAAAGAGCAUCGUCCCAAACUGUCUACUUUAAAUUCAGCUUCCUCAGUAAGAAAAUGGAUUCCCAGCAUUAAGAAUGAGAUAGAGUAUUACCUGCAGCAAUCUGAGCUUACUCAUUAUCCAGAGAGGAAAAUAGCCGAGUUCCAGCUGCAAAUCGAGGCUUUGGAGAAAGAGUACAAGAGCUUCCUUACCAAGCUACGAGCUCUAGAUCCUACAUGCAAACACAAGCCGUGGACCCCCAGAGCUUACAGUAAAAGGAGAGGAGAGGCUGAAGAUGCACCAAAGGCGGUUAAAAACCCUCGAUUUGAUGAGCCGUGUGAUGAAGGGAGCCAGGAGAGCAAUUGCGAGAGCGACCCUAAAUUAAUUUCUCCUGGAUACAUCAAACCCUUGGUAGCAGGGACCGCCUGCAGCUUCUCAGAGACCAGGAUCCAAAGCCUUGUUUCUACCAGCACUGCCUCAGACACCUCAGGGGGGGGCUGUUCAGUCCAGGACCAGCCCCUCUCCUUUGAUCAGACACGGUUAGCGGUGGCUGCAGCCGCAUUCAGAGGACCAACUCUGCAUCACAAUUCAUCUCUAACUCCAAACCUCGCCUGGAUGCUGCAGUCUGGCCUUCCAAACCUCAGUAACUCACAAACUGUUGCAAUUCAAAGCUGGAAGCCAGAAAAAAACGAGGGGACAACAAAAGAGUUUUUAGUAGUCAAAUCAGAACAAAAUAUUGUUCAGGACAAGUCAAACUUUGGAGCAGCAUCUGACUUACAAACCACAAAGGAGAAGAGUGGACAUAUCCUGGGACUUGAUUGUUACUCCUCCUCUGAUGAGGAAACAAACACAUCGUAG